AUGGCUGAUAAGUCUGUGAUGGCACAUGUCGGGGCCAAGAAAGUCGAAACAAGAGUGAACGACAUCUUCGCCAUCAAGCAAUCCCUAGGAAAGGGACUAAGAGACUUCAUCGCCCGGUUCAACAGGGUGAGGAUGACCUCACCAAAUGUUUCCGAAGGAAUGGCCAUUACAGCUUUUCAGAAUGGAUUGAGCAGAAAGGGUUCGAAAGCGACCAAAAAACUAUUGAGCCGGUUAAUGAAGUAUCCACCAACCACUUGGGAUGAAAUCCAUAAUGCCUACUGUGCCAAGGUCAGAGCAGAUGAUGACGACCUCAACGGACCAACUCGACGACUUACCUCGGUACAAUCCGAGCCCAGGAAAGAACACACAGAUAACAUGAAGAGAGAUUAUCCUGUACCGGGGCCAGACAGGGAGCGACAUCAGCCCUACGUCAGGACGCCCGCUCCUCCCCCCUUUCGAUAUGAAGACGGCCUAGAGAGGUGGUCUACACCCUUGAGAAGCUCGGAACAAAGCGACAAAGGCAGGAACACCUUAGCAAUAGGUCGAGAACGUCCAGGCCCGCUAAAGCCCUCUUCACCAGCUCGUGCCAUCAAUUUGAUUAUUGGUGGCAGCGGAGACGCAUCUAUCAAUGACAUCAAGUUCACCUCCACCCACAAACUCAAAAGAUCGAUCACCCACGAACGGUAUGAUGGACUCGAAGAGAGUAUCAUUUUUGAUGAGUUAGAUGCUGAUGGUUUGACUUUCCCUCACAAUGAUGCACUUGUCAUUACUUUACGAAUUUUAGAUACUGAUGUUAAGAGAAUCAUGGUAGACAACGGAAGUGGGGCGUGCAUCAUCCAUCUCUGA